UAACUCAAGUGCCUUUUGCAACAGAGUGUUUAUACCCAUAGGGUCCAAUUCAGGAUGCCUUCUGGUAGUAUUUCCAAAGACUGUGGUGCCAAUGUCCCUGAAAUCCAUAAUGCAAGUCCUUGUUGAAGAAAAAAACCAAAACAAAACCAAAAACAAACAGAAAAACCUGCCAUGUCACGUUUUCACCUGCGCACCCCUCCUUCCUGUGCUUCCCCAGGGGAUGCUGCGGCCGGUUUUGCAGGCGGUUUCCCCUGCAGGGCCGUCCUCUGCGCAGCGCGGGGGCAGGCGGGGGGAACAAGGGGGUGCCCGCCCCCGGCACCCCCUUCUGUUAAUUUCCAAGAGCAGGCCGCCGCGGGGCGGGCACGGCCGCCGCUCCGCGCCCGCGCAGGCCUCCUGCCCCGCCCGGCGCAGUGCAGCGGGCCGCGCCGUGCCCAGCCGUGCCGCGCCGAGCCGAGCCGUGCCGCGCCGCGCCACCGGGCAUGGCGCCGCUGGUGCUGUACCACUGGACGCAGUCCUUCUCCUCGCAAAAGGUGCGCUUGGCAAUAGCCGAAAAGGCCCUGACGUGCGAAGAGCGUGAUGUAAACCUGCCCCUGAGCGAGCACAACGAACCGUGGUUCAUGCGCUUGAAUUCCUCUGGAGAAGUGCCUGUCCUGAUCCAUGGGGAGAACAUCGUUUGUGAGGCAACGCAGAUUAUCGAUUACCUUGAAGCGACGUUUGUAGAUGAGGGAGUACCAAGAUUAAUGCCGGAAGAGGGGAGCAUGUAUUAUCCAAGAGUGCAACACUAUAGAGAGCUUUUAGACUCCUUGCCUAUGGAUGCCUACACACAUGGCUGCAUCCUGCACCCCGAGUUAACAGUAGAUUCCAUGAUUCCAGCCUAUGCUACCAGCAGAAUUCGUAGCCAAAUAAGUAACACAGAAUCAGAGUUGAAGAAACUUGCAGAAGAAAACCCAGACCUUCAAGAUGCCUAUAUAGCAAAACAGAAGCGCCUUAAAUCUAAACUGCUGGAUCAUGAUAAUAUAAAAUACCUAAAGAAAGUACUGGAUGAACUGGAAAAAGUUUUGGAUCAGGUUGAGACUGAAUUGCAGCGUCGAAAUGAGGAAACACCAGAAGAUGAAAAUCAGCCUUGGCUCUGUGGUGAUUUCUUCAGUCUGGCAGAUGUAUCACUUGCCGUCACAUUACAUCGCCUGAAGUUUCUGGGAUUAGCAAGAAGAAACUGGGGAAACGGAAAGCGGCCCAACUUGGAAGCCUAUUAUGAGCGUGUCCUGAAGAGAAAAGCAUUUUGCAGAGUUUUAGGACAUGUCAACAAUAUAUUAAUCUCGGCCGUUCUGCCAACGGCGUUCCGCGUGGCCAAGAAAAGGGCUCCCUGGGUUCUCGGCACCACCCUGCUGGUCAGCAUGCUGGCAGGAGGGGGUUAUCUUGCUUUCAUGUGUCUUCGGAAGAGGUUUGCCACCAUGAUGUUAUCGAUUAGAACCAGGCAAAAUUAUUUUUAGACCUGUCUGUCCUUAAUGAUGAGUGGAGGGCAGCUCUACUCCCCCAGGAAAAUAUCCCCAGUAAAAUAUAAAUGUAGAAGAAAGGUUAUGUCUGUGAAUUAGAACAUUGCCACACAGUAA